AAAACAAACAAAGGCACACAAAUCUAGUCUAAGUCUUCGUUCAAAAACAGACUAUCCUCCUCUUUGCUUUUUGAAAACAAAAAACCAGAACCAUCAAUUUCUAUUUACAAGCGUCGUCGAACAGAGACAGAACUUUCGUCAACCCUUUCUCUCCCGCCUCAGAUUUUAUUUUCCAUUAUUUGUACAUUUGAAUUUAAUUUAUUUUUUUCCUAAUUUCUGGUCGGAAAACCGCUUUUCGUGUAAAUUACCUCCGACACCAACCCACUCAAGACGGCUUUUAUUUUUUUUGUAUUAUCGCCCUGUCUCUGUUUUCAAUUUUUUUUUUUUGGGAAUUGAGUGGUCGGAGGAAAAGGAAAGGUUAGGUGUUAAACGCGCUAACGUGCGCCGUGGGUGCGUAAUUUAAUUUGGUUUUUCAAAAUCGAGGAGCGCGUAACGUACACGCGGCUUUAAUUUGAUGGUUAUGAUGAUGAUGACGACGACGACUGAUUGGGGAACAUGGGAGGAGCUUCUUCUCGGCGGCGCUGUUCUCCGUCACGGAACCGGAGACUGGACCGUCGUCGCCGACGAGCUCCGUUCUCAUUCUCUCCCGGAGAUUUUCACACCUGAGAUAUGUAAAGCCAAGUACAAGGACUUGCGAGAACGUUAUUUGGGAUGCAAAAGAAACGAGUGGCUGAGCUUAAAGCAGCUUUACUCAAAUCCGAAGACUCCAUUGGGUCGUUGGAAUCAAAGCUCCAGAGUCUAAAAUCAGAAAGCAACGACGAAUGCCAUCAUCAAAACAAUUACGACUCUAGCAGAACGUUAUCACUCGAACCCUCUCCGAAAUCCGAAGGCGGAGGAGAAUGCACGAGCAAAGACACAUCCAAGGACUUGUCAUCAGCUGGUAGUUUCACUUUCACACAGCAAGAGCUGACCACAACAAACAACAACUGGUCACCACAAGCUCCAGCGACAACAGAGCAAGAAGAGAAGAAGACAAACCUCUUACACGGCGACAUCUUCGAGUCUAUGUACGGAGUAGGAGGAGGAGGACAAGUGCUUCCUGGCAUGAGGAAGAAACGAGGGAAGAGAAAACGAAAAGAUUGCAGCGGCGGUAAAGAAGUGACUGUGGAGGAAAGCGAAUUGUUGGAGUCUUGUGCUGAUAUUGGAAGCGUCUCAAGGAGCAAAGAAGCUGCUUCUAGUAGCAGCAGUCAAAGCAGAGGUCACGGCUUGGCUUUACCAGAGGAGCUUACGAAGAUAUACAACUCUAUUGCACAGAACGAAUGUGCACUCGUCUUCCGUAGAAGGCUUGAUAGCCAGAAAAGAGGAAGAUACAAGAAACUGGUCAGGAGACAUAUGGAUUUAGACACUAUCAGAUCAAGAAUCAACGGUUGUUUGAUAACUUCAGCGAAAGAGGUUUAUUUGGAGUUUCUUCUUGUGGCGAACAAUGGAGCCAUUUUUUACUCCAAGAACACACGUGAGCACAAAUCAGCUGUGUGCCUUAGAUACAUUGUUGUCAAGUCUCUGAGACAGUAUCUGACAGAAGAUCAUCCACAUCGCAGCAGCAGCGUUACUACUACAGGCAACAAGGUUUCGGUUCUUCCUUCGACAUCGAAAUCUCCCCCUGCUUUCAGAACGAGCUUGGCAGCUAAAAAACCGAGAACAGGGUCGCACACUGUUAAGACGGUUGUGCAGGAUGUGGUGGUGAAGACUCCAAGCGGAGGUAAAAGAAGGUUUUCAACGGAUUCACCUGUGAAAUCGUCGGCGGACGGUAAGAAAGUAACGGCGGUAGAGAGGAGAAAGGACGGUAGACAGGCGAACCGAGGACUCGAUUCUCCGGCGUUGACAGGGAGAAAGCGGAAUCGGCAUAGAUGCUCUUGA